AUGGAUGUGGCCACGGAGCGAUGGAUGCACCACUCUGCCGUGUUGAGCGCGCAGCACACGGCCUCGGAGUCGCACCAUCACCCGGGCCUGGGUCACAACUACAUGGAGCCGGCCACGCUGCCUCCGGACGAAGUGGACGUUUUCUUUAACCAUCUGGACUCGCAAGGGAACCCGUACUACCACAACACCCGGGCCCGGAUGUCCUACAGCAGCCCGGCCCACGCUCGUCUGAGUGGAGGCCAGGUUUGCAGACCGCACCUCCUGCACAGCCCCAGCGGGAUCUCAUGGCUCGACAGCGGGAAAGCAGCUCUGUCAGCCGCCCACCACCACCACCACCACAACCCCUGGGCCGUGAGUCCCUUCAGCAAGCCCAGUCUGCACACCCCCUCCACGGGCAGCGCGUCUCCCGGGGGCCUCUCUGCGGUCUACCCGUGCAGCAGCAGUUCAAACUCGGUCUCUGGUUCGUCCCUCACGCCACCCGCUCAUCCAAGCCCUCAUCUGUACACCUUCCCCCCGACACCACCCAAGGACGUUUCCCCGGACCCUGGAGCCGUGUCCCCGUCCUCCUCCGCGGUCAGGAUGGACGAGAAGGAGUCGCUGAAGUACCACAUCCAGGAGAGCAUGAAGAUGGAGAGCUCCAGGGCGCACCAGGCCAUGGCCACGUACCCGUCAUACGCGCUCCCCACGCCCGACUACGGGAGCCUGUUCUCCGCGGGGAAUCUGCUGGGAGCCUCCUUCUGCAGCAAGAAUAAAAACAAGACGAGAUCCUGUACCGAAGGGCGCGAGUGCGUGAACUGCGGCGCCACGUCCACGCCGCUCUGGAGGCGGGACAGCACCGGACACUACCUCUGCAACGCAUGUGGACUCUACCACAAGAUGAACGGCCAGAACAGACCUCUCAUCAAACCCAAGAGGAGACUGUCUGCUGCGCGGAGAGCAGGGACGUGUUGUGCGAACUGCCAGACGACUACCACCACGCUCUGGAGACGCAACGCCAACGGAGACCCGGUCUGCAACGCAUGUGGCCUCUACUACAAGCUGCACAACGUGAAUCGCCCGCUCACCAUGAAGAAGGAAGGCAUCCAGACACGCAACCGCAAGAUGUCCAACAAGUCCAAGAAGUCCAAGCGCGGAGGCAACGGCGACAGCUACGAAGACUUCACCAAAUCCAUGCACCAGCACCACGACAAGAGCCCCACCCCCUUCGGGUCGCUGACGGGACACGUGUCUAUGUCCCACCACCACCACCAUCACCUGGCCUCCCCCUUCUCCCACACGGGACACAUGCUGCCCACUCCCACCCCCAUCCACCCCAGCUUCGGACACCACUCCAACAUGGUGACCGCCAUGGGAUGA